CUCUUCUUCCUUUCCUUCCUCCCGCUUUUCCUGCUCCUGCGCUUACAGCACUGCGGCCAUGGGGAAGCUGAACGUGGUGAUGCUGCGGUACCUGUCCCGGGAGCACUUCAGGGUGCUGACCGCGGUGGAAAUGGGCAUGAAGAAUCAUGAAAUAGUUCCUGCUAGCUUAAUUGCUUCCAUUGCUAGUCUUAAACAUGGUGGCUGUAAUAAAAUAUUGAGAGAGUUGGCAAAGCACAAACUCGUGGCUUAUGAACGAACUAAAACUGUGCAGGGUUAUCGGUUAACUAAUGCAGGAUAUGAUUACUUGGCUCUGAAAACUCUCUCUUCCCGACAAGUCAUUACUUCUGUGGGAAACCAGAUGGGUGUUGGCAAAGAAUCAGAUAUUUAUAUUGUUGCCAAUGAAGAGGAGCAGCAGUUUGCCCUGAAAUUGCACCGGCUGGGGAGAACCUCCUUCCGCAAUCUGAAAAACAAACGUGACUACCACAAGCACAGGCACAAAAUGUCCUGGCUGUACUUGUCCCGGAUAGCGGCAAUGAAGGAGUUUGCCUACAUGAAGGCUUUGCAUGACAGAGAAUUUCCUGUCCCAAAGCCCAUAGACUACAACAGGCAUGCAGUUGUUAUGGAACUUGUCGAUGGAUAUCCUUUGUGCCAGGUGCACCAAAUUGAAGAUCCUGCUGCUGUCUACAGUGAAUUAAUGGAUCUGAUUGUAAAACUUGCCAAUCAUGGCCUGAUCCAUGGAGAUUUCAAUGAGUUUAAUCUCAUCUUGGAUAAUGAUGAUCAUGCCACUUUGAUUGAYUUCCCUCAGAUGAUGUCAACAUCACAUGCAAAUGCUGAAUGGUAUUUUGACAGAGAUGUUAAUUGUAUCAAGGAGUUCUUUAAGAAACGCUUCAACUAUGAGAGUGAGCUCUUCCCAACAUUCAAAGACAUCAGGAGAGAGUGUUCCCUUGAUAAAGAGAUUGCUGCCAGUGGCUAUGCAAAGGAGAUGCAGGAAGAUGGUGAACUGCUUUACCCAUCAGAUUCUGAUGAGGAUGACAACACAGAGAUGUUAGACCUUGCAGGAGAUGCUGAGAACCAGCUCAACUUCUUCAACAAAGAUGAAGAAAACAGUAAAGGCUUUAUGUGUCAAGCKGGUGUUUUCUCUGAAAGCAGAGCCUCUGAGAACAGUGCGAGCAGCAGUGAGGAAGAGACUGAUGCCGCUGGAACCAGUGAAAAUACACAAAGGCUGAGUAUGGCAGAGUUAAGUUCAGCCCUAGAAAAAGCUGAAGGGCCAGCUGUGCUUUGGAAGUCCAGUGAAGGUGCAGAGAGUUCUGCAAUUACUUCUUUUAAGGGCAAAAGUGUAACUGAAAAUGCUGCUGAACUGGAAGAUCUGGAGGAUCGAGGAGGAUGCCAUGAGAGUAAGGAGAAUGAAGAGGAGUGCCCUAAGCUGAUCARCUCAGCAGCCUUAAAUGAAGAAUUCAGGCAUUGCAGUAAUGAAGAGUGUAUUGUUCCUACUGCUGGGCACAGAACAAGGACUAAAAGCGUCUCAUCAGUCAGAAGUGUUGGGAGCUGUUCAACCAUUCCUCCGGAGCUGGUGAAACAGAAGAUAAAGCGACAACUGACCAAGCAGCAAAAGUCUGCUCUGAGGCAACGGCUGCAGAAAGGGGAGGCAAAUAUUUACACCAAACAACGGCGAGAAAAUAUGCAAAAUAUUAAGUCAAGCUUGGAUGCAGCCACUUUCUGGGGAUGAUUUAUUUAAGCUUCUUCGGAACAGGAGGAAUGUAUACAGCUAAAGAAUCAUGCUAAUUUACCAAUGAUACUUUUAUAUAAAGGAGCAAUCUCUUCUGUGCAAACCAGGUAGUUUUCUGGAAGUUAAUAAAUCUCAUUCUUAUUCCCGUGACUUUCACUGGGAGGUUAUGUUUUGUGUUCCUAGUCAAAACUGCUGACUAAUUUACAUUAUAUCAGUAGUAUUGGUUAAGAUCAUGACAGUAAUUUCUAGCAGUGUUUUGUUGUAAAUUGUUGUAAAUCGAUUGUAGAGUUUGUGGUGCAGAGGCGCCACCUUCUUUUCUGCAGUUUUAGAUGCAAUUAUUUGUAUGAAUGGAAAAUGGAAAUAGUUUUUCUUAAGUUAGUCAGAUGUGACAUUACUGUCCUGUAACUUUUCUUAAAAAAUUGGGGACUUAGUCAGAUGUAACAAAACUUGGUUUCAUUGGCUGAAAUAAUCAUUCAGUGCAGGAUGUGAUUUACUGGCGGGAGCUUAGAAACAUAAAUAGGAGAAAUCAUUAAAAUGGUUAUUGGCACACACGCAGUUUUCAAGUGCUGUUCUACAUAACAGUACUGAAGCACAAAAAAACCCCACUGCCAUUCAACUACUUUAUUUCAAAGGUAGAAGUAGCUUACAGUAGAUAUAAAAAGCUAAUCAUAAAAUAAUCAUUAAAUACAAUUGACAAAGAUCUGUUAAAGCAAUAUUCAGCAGUCAUUUUGAAUUUUUUCAGUAUUUUGCUUGUGAGACUGUUCAUCCUUCAUCUAUGUCACAGUCAUUUGUUCCAAGUGCUACCUCRACAYGAUUCCAUUAAUAUUUCUGUUUAAAUCAUUAGCACUGGCAGAGCUGACCAACAGGAGUUAUUUAACCACACAAUCCAUUCUGAUUGGUUUUGGAGUCAAGUUUUUUAGUUGGUGGUUUGUUACUCUUUUUAAAUACAUAGUGUCUUCACAUGACCUGGACAGUAUUCAUAGGCAGGAAAGCCCAAAAUAUUAAAAAAACCUUGGAAUACAUUUCCACAACCUGGGUCCUGUACAAUCCCUAGAGACAGUGUUCAUUCUUACACUAAAGAGCACUUCACAACCACCAGAGCAUUUAUCUUCCUAAUCACUAUAGGCUGUUUUACAAGCAAUCACAGGAAGAGAUGUAACCUGACAGUUUGGGGAUGUUAAUUGUGAAAAAUCCAACUUCUGAUUUUCACUGRCACUCAGGGGCACUGGAUAUUCACACUUGUGGCUUCCCCUUUUCUUUCACCCUACCCACGACCCGGGUGCAGCAGCAGCUGUGGACACGAGGACGCUGACACAGGGAGAUGGCCAUUAGCAGCUCACAGCCCGCCGUGCCUGGGACAGUAAGGUCGGUCACCUCUGGCAUGGCCGUGCUCCCCGCGGCGGCAGGGCAGGCUGGGGACGGCAGAAGGAGGAGUUUCUGCCUGCCGAGGAGCCGAGCCGUGCCCGUGCCCGCUUCCCGCCGGGAUGGCCGCACAUUGGGCAGGCGGUGGUGGCUCUGGGCUGCCUGGCUGGGACACAGCAGCAGCACCCACCGGCACUCCACGCUCCAGGACGAGCGGGCGGCUCCUUCGCAAUUCCUUCUCUAGAAACAUCCAUCUCUCUGCUGUCAUGAUACCCAGCCUUGUAGUCUGCAUUUUCCUUUCUGCUCUGCUCUCCAUACCAAGUUACCCUGUCAUGUUGAGGUGAGAUACCUGUUGCCCUUACUAUACCUUCAAGAGCAGGUGUGCAUUUCCAGAGUGGGUUUAUCAUUCCCCAAGCUCUGACUCUGUGUUUCUCUGAAGUUUUCUUCAUAGGACUGACAAUGAGUGAUCUUUGUAUGUGAGCUAAAAUUUUGCCCUUUCAUCUGCUUCAAGAACUUGGGUUGUGCCUCCCCUUUGCAUCUGAAACAUAAACUUGUUUAUUUUGCUAGGUAUGAACACUUUUGAGUCCAUUUCAGCCUUUGUGCCUUGUAACUGUAACAUGAAUGACAGGAAGAAUAUCAAAGGAUAAUCCUGGUUAUUUUUUUACCACAUUUUGUUGAACUGAUGGAUCUUAUUGCAACGUGACUUUAGCUGUCGUAAUACCAGAGGCAUCAUGUAUCUUACACUUAGCAAUCUGAAACCCAUARACUUUCCUGGCUUCUGAAUAUUUUUAGGAUGUGAUAUCCACAGUAAAUAAAAAGUUUAGGCCAGGCCUCCCAGUGAAACCAAAGACAUAUGAAAACAACAAAAUAUAACAAUGGAAAAGAGACUUUUCAGUAUGGAAAUCAUAUCAUCAUAUCAGAAACUGUAACAUGUUUUCUUUCCCAAAAAAACUUUUUUUUUUUAAGCCUGGUUCAUUGAAAGCUGGAGAUCAUUGUCAUAAAAUCAGUUUUUAGAUUAUGCAGUUUAGAAUGUAAUCUUGGAUUCACUAAGUGAAGAAUUCCUUUCACCACUUGACUGUUGUGAACAAAUGUGACACAAACUCAGGUACGUAUGUUAAAAAUGUUCCCUCUCCAUGUUAAACUGCAGGGUCUCAUAAGCAGAGUAAAACUAUCUUUUUAUCUCCUUUAAAAAACACAGUGUGAGUGSAGCACUAAAAAUAAGUGGAUUUCAUUGUUCUGCCUAGAGAAUCAUUUCACUUAGUUUAUAUUAACAUUAUAUUAGUUGAUUAAAACUUUUAUAAUGUGAUUAUCUACAAUAUAAAGCAAUACAAAUAUUUUUUAAACAACAGAUCUUCACACUASUUAGAGAGAAUUAAGUUUCUUCUGUUUCAUUUUGUGAAAGGAGUAGUUUAAAGGAGUUUUCCUCUGCUGUAAUUGUAUUUUUUUUAAAAUUAAUGGCAUUGCAUUCUAAAGGUGCAAUUUUAUUCCUCAAUAGUAUUACGCUUUUGCAAUACCUUUCUGGCUGCAUUGCCAGUCUUCYACCUGAAGUUACUCAUUGUCUGAAUCAAACUUACAAGGCUUAAAGUUGAAAUUAACUGACCAGAAACCAUAGCGAUUAGUGGUACAUGCCUAUUUCUAAAAUACAACACAGUAACAAGCAAUAUUUUUUCAGUGUCUUCAUAUAUUGCUAUUUUGUUGGUACUUUCAAAAUACAGCUCUGUGACAGCUUGUACUCUGUCUCUCCUUGCACUUUACACUUCCAGAAUUUAAAAGAAGACAAAUACAGGGUAAUGUAUAGAAUGUACUGGAGAGAAAAGGCUGGGAAUUUAACUAUAAAAGAAGCAAGAGAAACCUAGUAUGGACACUUGUAACAAACCCAGUUUUAUUAAGAAAUCACGGAACCACUUCUAUUCAUUUCAGCUGGGUUAAYUGAGGCCUCCCAAGGAGGAAAGGCAAAGCCUCUGAAUGUAUGUGACAUCCUUCUUUCUCAGUAUUUUAUAUUUUGUAAUAAAGGCAGGAUUUUACUACAGCUUGGUAUGAAAAUUUUAGAGAAAACACAAUAAGCAGUGUCAURCAGAGUCAAAAAACUCUGCAAUAGUUAAAGUAAAAAGUUUAGGAGGGAGUUGUGCUGAACAAACAAAUUGGAACUGAGGUGAUCAGUACUAAUCUGCAAGGAAAURUAAAAUCUUAAGAUUCCUGUGCCAAACUGAUCCUGCUUGAGUAAGGUUGAGUGGAGGGUUUAAUUUCCAAUGAAAUGAGCAAAAGGUGGUAGAUCUUUGAGUUGUGCAUACAGAGAAGCUGUAACAAUACUAGAAAGUGUAACUGCACAGAGGGAAACUCAGCAGAUCAAAACAAAGGGUUCGUGAUGCAGCUCGGGCAAGGGCAGUUGGAGAUGAUACAAAAAAAUUUGACAAGUGAGGACUAUCAGGAAUUCAAGACAUAAUUGUUCUUUUGUCACAUUGAAUGCCUACCAGGACAAGCUAAUUCUAUACCAGUUCCCACCUGCUUUUACUUCUGCUGAAAUAGCCCUGCAGCAGGUUUAAAUCAUCAGAUCUAAUUUGGAGCAGCACUGAAAGUGAAAWGUAUGUGGAAAACCAGUACUAGAGUGCAAUAUUUAUAUCUGCAGGCAGUUUUCGCAGAUGGCAGAAGUCCUUGGCAAUGAAAAGAGAAAUCACACUCCAAUGUUGGGAACGUAGGAACUAUGAGCAACUCAGGUUCUUGCAGACAGGUAUCUUCACAAAAAGCACAAACAAGCCCAGAGAGGUGCAGAUUCCAUUCUUGGACAGUUCCAAGACCAGACAAAAACCUAAGUGACCCGACCCAUCCUUGUAGCUCAUCCUGCUCUAAGGAAGAACUAGCUGACCGCUUGAGGUCUGUCCCAACCCAAAUUUUCCUAAGAUUCUUACCAACGAGUUCCGAUUUCCAGGUUUCCCUUCCCCUAACUCCUCUUCCAGCCAGAAUUAUUACUCAAAUUAUACAUAAUCAUAUCCCAAUCCACUAAAUAAUUCCCAAAAGU